GUCCUUCUCGCCGCCACGGGAGGAAGUGACAUGGCGGCAUCAGGGAGGGCAGGCGAGGGGCACCCCGUUCUUCCCGGAGCCGCCCGGCGGGUGGAGCCUGGCGGCCCCGCCCGAGCCCGCCGCCUCCCGGCGCGUGCAAACUAGUGGCAGUUGGUGCUGCUCGGCUGCCGCCCCGCCGCACGCCCGCUCCCGGCGCCUCAGCGCGGCGCGCAUGCCAAGGCCCGGCGGCGCCAGGUUGUCUUCUGAAUUUUGGGUCUGAAGGUACCCUCUUGCUUUCUCAGCAAAUCAUGGACAUCGUUGGCUUUCUGAAGUCUCAAUUCAUUUGCCACCUUCUGAUCUGCUACAUAUUUAUAGUGUCAGGAUUGAUCAUUAACUUCAUUCAACUCUUUACACUUAUACUUUGGCCAAUCAACAAGCAACUGUUCAGGAGGAUCAACUGCAGGCUGGCUUACUGCAUUUCAAGCCAGAUGGUGAUGUUGCUGGAAUGGUGGUCAGGCACCGACUGCACCCUCUACACUGACCCGGAGAGUUACCACAAGUAUGGGAAGGAAAAUGCCAUCGUAAUCCUUAAUCACAACUUUGAAAUUGACUUUCUCUGUGGUUGGAACUUUUGUGAAAGAUUUGGGGUCUUGGGGAGUUCUAAAGUCCUUGCAAAAAAAGAACUCUCUUACAUGCCUAUCAUUGGCUGGAUGUGGUAUUUCCUGGAGAUAGUCUUCUGUAAGCGUAAGUGGGAGGAGGAUCGGAAGACAGUCGCGCAGAAGUUGCUGAAUCUUCGGGACUACCCUGAAAACUUUUGGUUCCUGAUUCAUUGUGAGGGCACGAGGUUCACAGAGCAGAAACACCAAAUCAGCAUGCAAGUAGCCGAAGCCAAAGGCCUGCCCAAACUCAAGUAUCACCUACUGCCACGAACUAAAGGAUUCGCUGUCACCGUGCAGUGCUUGAGAAAUGUAGUUUCUGCAGUCUAUGAUUCUACCCUCAAUUUUAGAAAUAAUGAGAAUCCAACAUUGCUGGGAGUCCUAAAUGGAAAGAAAUAUCAUGCAGAUUUAUAUGUAAGGCGAAUUCCACUAGAGGAAGUCCCAGAAAAUGAGCAGGAAUGUUCUAACUGGCUCCACAAACUGUAUCAAGAAAAGGAUGCAUUCCAGGAAGAAUACUACCAAACAGGAACCUACCCAGCAGUCCCUAUAGUACCACCCCGACGGCCAUGGACACUUCUGAACUGGCUUUUCUGGGCCUUACUGCUGCUAUAUCCUUUAUUCAAGCUUCUCAUCAACAUGAUCAAUAGUGGAUCAUCCCUGACACUGGCUAGUUUUGCAUUCGUCAUUGUAAUGGCUUCUGUUGGUGUCAGAUGGAUGAUAGGUGUUACAGAAAUUAAUAAGGGCUCUACUUACGGCAACAAUGACAACAAGCAGAAACAAAAGUAGUAUCUUCAGAGACUGCUUCAAUCCAAAGGGAACAAAUGCAACUUCUCAAAACUUAAGUGCAUAUCAUGGUCCUUCAGGUGAGAUUGAAGAAGGGUAGGAUGAGCCAUGUGCCCUGUUAUUUUUUCUCUGGGGAUGCAGGCUGGAUGACGUGCUUGAAAGAUGCUCUCCUUCGUAUACGCUUGGCCACAGGUUUGGCUUUGGUUGGUUGGUUUAUUUUCCUAUAAAGUGUCUUAAGUUUUGAAGAAGCAAAAAAAAAAUUCCAGUGUGCUUGUAUGAUGAGACCUGGAAACAAACUAGAGGUGCAGGCUUUAUCUUUCUUAACUUGCUCAAAGGAAUGGAUAAAUUUCAGAGGAUUGUUACAAGAUUAUUAGAGUUGAUAAUUGUGUAGAUUACAUAUGAACAAUUUAACAAUCAUAAUGUGUCAGUGCUUAAAAAGAUGCUCUGCUUGGUUAACCAGUAGCAGACUGAAGCAGCUCUAGUGAACUGGCAGAACUGCAGUGGAGUUUUUCUACGUUUAGAACAUGUUCCCACAGUGUGCGCCACACAGGCCCUUUUAAAACUUCAGCCAGACCCCAGCUAAGAGCCCACUUUGUUAGAGUGGAGCAUUGCAGUAGCGUAACCUGGAGUGGAAUUUGGCCUUGUAGCCUGAGCAGGGCUACAUUACCCACUCCCACAUCUUUCCCCAGGCAAUACAUCAGAAGGAUAGCUGAAAACUGUAAUUCUUUUGAGAGUAAAUGCCACUUAUAGGUUGGAAAAACAGGUAAUACAAUUUCUUUUGAGCUUCAAACACUGAUUAAAAUUCUAGGCCCUCCUAACAAUGGUGGAAACAAAAUAACUGGGUAUGCUGUAACUAAGUAAUGCAAAGCAUGCAUUAAGUUAUGCUCCACACCCAUACUGCUCUGAUCCCAGGUAAUCUGCUUGUCUCUCUUUCCUGAUAAAAUUUGUUUACACGGUACCUCUUUAACAGUCAGCUUGAGGUAAUAGCUAAAAUUAUCCUUUGCUUUUAUUUUGGGAAGGAGAGGCCUAGGACAGUGGUAUGCUGUCUGGACUUGCUUUGACAGCCUUCUGGCUUAAGUAAAACUAUAAUCAAGUUCUCUGCAAAAAGGUGUUGCUCUGAAAUCCCUGGGCUGAUUCCAGCGCAGCAGCCUCUUAAUUUUGAACUUCAAUAGUUAAGGGUUUGCAAGUUACUAAAAAGCAAAAGAAGGGACUUCCACCUGCCAGCAAUUAGGAGUUCAAAAACCCCCAAGCUUUCAAAAUAUAAAGAUACCAGCCCUGAACUGCAGGGAUGAUGACUGACACUUUCAAUGAUGGUAGGUUUCCACUGCACACAGGACUGAACCCUGACAGGAAUGAACCAGCAGUGUGUGUCUAGAGAAGAAAGUGAGCACUCUGUUCUAGCAGCUGGUAUGAAGAAACCCCAAAACAAACAUGUUUCCUAUAAUAAAACUGAGGCCAGAAGAAACAGGGGCUAGUACAACACAAUAUGUCCAUAUUCUCUGAGCAUGCAUUUGCUGUUCAGGAUAGCAGAUACGUCGAAACCAGUCCUUUUUAAUGUGCAGCAUCUAAUGAGCAGGCAGAGAAGUGCUUUCAGCACAGGUCAGUGA